CACAAAUUGCGUCUUUGAGGAGCUGUCGCAGUUCUGAGCUGGGGCGGUAGUACGGUACUAGGUAGCCAUUAUUCAGAACGGAAUUCACAAUCCAGAAAGCUUCUGAAGAUCUGGGCAAGAUGUGCUCCCCGUUGUCAGAUUGGAUAGACGGAAACGUCGUGGCAAGCAUCCUCUCCUCCUGUCUCUUCUUUCUUUGUGUAUUUGCUGGAAAAGUUGGACUUCAGAGCUUGCAGAUCAUCCUUCCUCCGUGGUUGGCCUAUGUAGCGGUAGUGCUCUGCGUUUUGAAUGUCAUUUCGUGGCUUCAAUCCCCGCCAGCAAUUCGACUGCGUGGGAAGCAUAUCCUGAUAGCAGGUGGAUCCACAGAUGUUGGACGGGCAUUGGGCUGUUUGGCAGUCAAGGAGGGAGGCCGUAUAUCUUUGCUUGGUUCGGAUGAGGCCCUGUUGGAAGAGAGUGCGGAGCUUGUGGAAGCAGCAAUACCAUUGCAGAAAUGCCUUCAAGAGCUGUGCAAGCCUGUUGUGACAGCAAAAGCAAGACUGGACGAUGCUUUGGAAGUUGCAGAAGCCAUUGCCAGUACAACAAAAGUGCUAGGACCAGUGGAUAUCCUUGUGUGUGCAUCAGCAAAUGAGACUUCCUCCCCUUGCAAAGAGGUUGAAACCACUCCUCUCGAUGACUUUGAGCGUGUCAUGCGGGCCAAUUGGCUGGCCACUAUAGCAGCCAUUCAAGGUGCUCUGGAGCAUAUGAAGGACAGGUUUGGCGAGGCACCCACGCGAAUAGCAAUCAUCUCUUCUCUUGCCAGCCAGGGUGGCCAGUAUGGUCAUGGCGCCUUUGCAUCUAGCCAGUUUGCCCUCCGUGGUCUGGCAGAAGUCCUCCAGCAAGAGUUGGCGGCAUACAACAUCCGGGUCACUUUUGUCUGCCCCCCCACCAAGCAGGUCAUGAUGGAUGGAAAAGGAUACCAGUCUUCAGUGGUUGGAUCAACACAAGCGGUGGCUCAAUCAGCGGGUAACGAGUCCCCUGAUAGCAUCGCGGCUGCUACCCUAAGGGCUGUGAAGCAGGGCCGUUUUCUGGUCAACUUUGGGGUAACCGGCUGGAUAGUAGGGACCUUGACAAGCGGGAUGGCACCACAGCCUUUCUUGUUCCAAGGUGCCCUCGAGGUGCUGUUUGCUGGGGUGUGUCGCUCGUUCAUGCUCUUGGCGCACGCAAGCUUCUUCAGGAGGGUAUCAAAGCCAGAGUGGAAGUUUAAGACGCCUUAGGUCGGAGGUCAUAGGUCUGUAGCGGCUGUAGCGGCUCUGCGUAACUGUUGCACGCGCUUGGUUAGGAAGAGUACCAUAGCAGGAAGGGUUCAGACGCAUAGGUGAGCCGCAUAGUCAAGCUGUACCGCAACAUAGCAAGGGACUGCAUAGCUUCUAGUAGGACGUUUGCUGAGUAAGAAGAUAAGGUCGUCGGGUAGGCUAGAACCCGAUCUCGCUAUCAUUCCUUCCCUGGCAUCAUGGUGGUGAGGUUCACCACCGUGCUUUCAGGGAGGGUAUGAAAGCGAGAUCAGGUGCAAGUCCUUCCUAACGACCUUGUAAUGAACCUUGUUAGGUUCUUGAAAUGCAAAGCAUGGAAGAGUGUUGAGAUGAGGUAAGACCGAGCAUUCAAGUUUCUUUCCAUACAGUGGUGGCAAAACCAUGUGGCAAGACAUCAUGCAUUGGAAGACAUGCUGGCGGUCCAGAUGCCUGUCCCUUCAUA